UAAUCAUUCGCCACCCUGCUUAAAAAUUGGAUCUGUCUCAAAGCGAUAAAGUGUAUAGCGUAAAAUGACAUUAGGGUGGGCGCACACGCGCGGCCGGGCACUGAUUGAAAAGUAUUGAGGCGGGAUAUCGGGACACCAGGCAGUCGACGCGACAUGGAGCAGAUAGACGGUAGUUCUGCUGGCAUCGCCUUCGCGGUAGUCUACUUCACAUUCUUCUUGGACAAUGUGCUGCUUACUGUGCUGGUGCCAAUAAUCCCGGACUGGGUGCGUGGCGAGGCUCUAUCUCUGUGGGCGCAACACGGCGCCCCUUUGGCUGGCAUGCUCAACGUCACCGUGCAACAAGCCACUGAAGAUGCAGGCAACGGCAUCGGCACCUCGCAAGCCAUAGUGGGCGCGGUGUUGAGCGCCAAAGCAGCAGUGCAGUUGGCGGCGGCGCCCACUGCAGCGGCGUACACAGCCCGCGCGGGGCCUGCCGCUGGCCUGCGUGUAGCUACGGCCCUGCUGGCUGCAGCGGCAGCGGCUUUUUCAUGGUGCGGUCGCGGCACUGGCGGCGCAGCGUGCGCGGGCGUGGCACGGGCGACGCAGGGUGCGGGCGCGGCGCUGGCGGGCGUUGCCGGUGUCGCGUUGGUCGCGCGCGCGUUACCCCCUGCCGCCCGACAUAGGGCGUUAGCUGCGCUGCUGGGCGCUGUGGCGUUAGGUGUUUUGGUGGGCUACCCCUUCGGCGGCGCUGCGUACAAACUGUGGAGUCCCGUCGCGCCGUUCCAACUAAUCCUUGUAGCUCUGCUGUUCAGCCUCCUCGUCCAGUAUCUAUUCCUGGAUAAAGAACAAUACAAUCGGGGAACGGAGAUGGCGGAGGGCGGGGCGCUGUCCGCGGUGUGGGGAGCAGGGAGGGGCGUGGCGGGCGCCUGCGCGGGCGCCGUGCUGCUCACCACCAGCGUCAUGGCCGCGCUCGAGCCCUGCCUGCCGCUGUGGAUCAUCGGGAAGUUUCAUCCAGAGCGCUGGGCUCUCGGCGUGGUGUUCAUACCUGACAGCGCCGGCUACCUGCUAGCCACGAGCACGCUGGGCGGCGUGGCGCGGCGGUUGGGGGCGGAGCGAGUGGCACUGACGGGCCAGCUAGCUGUCGGGGUCGCGGCGUUGGUGCUGCCACACGCUACCUCGGUGCCGCUAGUAGGCGUGGCGCAGGGCGUGCUAGGGGCGGGGCUGGGCGCUACCGACGCGGCAUUGCUGCCGGCGCUGUUAGCACGUACUGGCGGGCAGCUGCCGCGUGCCGCGUUGUUGCAGGCUGCAGCUAGUGCUGCCUACGCCGCAGGUCCAAUAGUGGGCGGUGUGAUAUCGUGGGGGUGGGGCUUCGAGUCUGCGCUGCGCACGUUCGGCGUCGCCAACCUGCUUUACGCCGCGUACCUCUACCGCGCGCUGAGGGCCGACCCGCUAUCGGAACAGUGGGGCGCCAGUGUCUCGGAGGACGAAAGCGAUACGGGAGAGGAACUCACUCCACUUGGACAGACACGAUAGAUGGAACUUGUUGAUUA